CUAGCACUAGCAUUCUUCGCACUAGUUUCAAUGCAAUCAUAUUCGAUAACGUUCUUCUUUUUCUUCGAAUUCUAUUCGCUCUAUAGAGGUGCAACGCGUCACUGCGUAUCGAGGAUGCUGUGCACGCAGCGCGUCUCAUUCAUUCCACUCGAGUUAAAAAAACAUAGAAAGAAAAAAUGAAAAAAAAAAGAAAGAAAAGAAAUAUAGUCUUGAUGGUAUCAGUUCCACCACCGUUGUUCCUGGUCGCGCAAACUCACACCACUGUCCCGCGCAAUUUAGCAAGGUGCACGGUGCGCGUAUACGUGCAAGGUGGUCAGUCGUCGACCAAUCGCGUGGCGCGUGGUAGGCGCCGUUCGUAGUGAAACGGUGACGUCUCUCGCGAGCGGAUCAGACGCGCCAGUCGGUGCUUGAGCGUCCCACGCGUAACUUGUGCCGGUGAACUCUGUCGCGGGAGUCGAUUCACGGUUUACCGCGAACAACAGUUUUGUGAUCGCUGCCGAACUACCCAGUGCCAUAAUCUGCGACACGACUGGAACAUCCGAGACGUCGUUCGCACCAGCUAGAAGCGGCGGGAGGAGGUCCCGGAAGGUAUAGCCGGGUUUUCACGAGAAUCGUCGACCUUCCACAUCGUACGUGAGAAUAACGAGGAGAGGUCGGCCUUGAGGUGUGCGGCGUCGUGCAGCGUCGAGACUCGGCAUCCAGAGAGAUUUAUUCGAGUUUCACAACCUCUCUCGAUCAGCAGCACCGGUCGUGACCUCGAUAGAGCUCAUCCACCUGGUCGGAUAACUCUGCUUCGGGACGGCCGAAAGGUCGAGCUCCUUCGGGCUGAGUAUCUCCGCGCGUUCGUUGUCACCGUCCACGAACAGCGGCUACCGGAAGUCGCACGAUGUAGCCUGGCCUUCGCGAUUUUUCAACGAUUGUUUCGAGACGAGGACACCACCUCACCUAGCCAGACGCUGCAUAAGGGCAGGCGAAGACAAGACUACGGGAUAAGUAACAUGAAGACGAUGGGAGACGUGGUCGCGGAUCCCGUCGAUGAACAGAACGGUACCUCCGGCUCUGGACAGAACGCGACAGCCAGCAAGGAAUUCGGACAGCGGACCCUGAGGUCCUUGAAGAGAGGUCUCGGCAGGCUGUGGAGGAGGCACAGGGGUAAUGCCUCCAUCACCGAGUACGACCCUUGCUAUAAGGUCGCUUAUCUUGGGAACGUUCUCACUGGAUGGGCCAAGGGUGAGGGCUGCGUGGAGAAACCGGUGUCGACCUUAUGGCGCAAUUACAUUACCAGCAACAGGCCGGACGUGUCGAUGAGGCUGACGGUCACGAACGGUGGUUUGACCGCCACGACGAAAGAUCACGGUCUGACGGAGUACUGGGCCCACAGGGUUACCUAUUGUACAGCACCUGCUUCUCACCCGCGCCUCUUCGUCUGGGUCUACAGACACGAAGGACGCAGACUGAGGCCCGAGCUCAGGUGCCACGCCGCCCUCUGCAGCAAGGAGUCCACCGCCAGGAGGCUGGCCUCGACCUUGAACGCCAGGCUGCAACAAGCGCUCCUGGAAUUCCGACGGGACAAGGUCUCCAGGCAAAAUGCUAGAUUGUCCCUAGCAAGCGCCCUGUACGAGAAUCCGUCGUUACCGCGACGAAAGCUGCUGCUGAGUACCGGAGGCCACAAUUAUCGGCCACCGCUCGAGAGAUCCAAAAGCGCGCCGAAGCUCUCGGCGAUCGAGGAGGACAUCGUCGCCGAGGAGAUCGAACAGCAGAGGAUCCUCGAAGAGUUGAGGACCCUGCAGAACGUUGCACGCAGCUGGCAAGAUCAAGACAGCUGGAGGCUCGCCCGACUUCUCGACGCUCUGAACCGCGAGUCAUCCGACGAAAACGGAAGUAUUUCCAGCGGAUGCGAGACAGCAAGCACUGCUACUAGCGAGGAGAGGGCUCCUGGACCCGAAGACAAUCACGCUGCAGGUGAAGCAGAGCCACGGACCGACAGACGAGUGAUGUUCUCCGACGAGGUGGUGAGAAGAGGUCCGGGACCGCGGCGAAACUCCGAGGGCUCGCCGAAUUUCAUGACCUGCGCGGGUAGUCCCCGUUUCCACCGUCGCGAGAUCGCGAUCGGUCGUAAGAGGUUUACGUCACCCCAAGAGGAGGACGAGUCGAUGGAGGAAGAGGACGAAGAAAUCGAGGACCCGGCCUCUCACGUGUUCGACUUCGAGGACGUCGAAGAUUUCGACGACGUGGUCGACUACAGACCGAGGGGUGAGAUACUGCGCAGGGUCGACGAUCCUCAGGACAGAGAGAGGCGAGUGAUGGAGACGUACCCCGGUAGAAUGAGUCACGAGUUGCAAAACGACGAAUCGCCUUUUCUGACUUUGGACAGCCUGGACGAGGAAGUAGACAGCGACGAGAGUGGCUACGUGGAAGCUCCACCCAAGUCCUUGUUAGGUCAAGACGACCGCAAGGACGAGGAAGAGUCGCGCCAAGCUCAGAUUGAAUCGUCAGACCUCCUCAGGUCAUCGAAGACCAGUGUACAGGACGAUCAGAAAACGAAACAAGAGGAUUCCAAAGAGUCGAACGACGAGGAAAGGGAGGAGGAAGUCGAGGCCAAAGAGUCUUUGGUCGUCGACGACAACCAGAGGGUUAAAGAGAAAGAGAGGCAAAGGGAAUUCAUCAAGUGUCCCAUCUCGGAGACUAUAAAGAAACUGGCGAACGCGUCGUUGAAGAGUUCCAAGUCUCUGGAAAUGACCACCAAUAAUUGUCUGAACGCGUUAAAUAAUUUGAAGACCUCGAAGUCGUUCGACGGGGCUCAAACCGUCGAGAUGGACGCGGAAUCACCGAGCCUUCAUCAGAGGAAGCAACUGCUAGCUCAACACGGUGUUGUCGUUUGAAGACUUCCUUUGAAUGCCUCAUGAUUCUUCGGGGUCGGAACGAACGGGUUUGUGUGAUUCGUGUGUUGCCUUUGGAUGGUUAAACAAUUCUGAAACGAUAGAGAGACGAAGAAAUGAUAGUUGACGCUGUCUGGUAGAUAUGUUUACAGUAAAAGGAGGUGGCUGGCGAAUGGUAACUAUUACUAUCGAGUGUACACUUUCGUUGAAGCAGUCAAACGAUGUCUAUUGCGAUGUUAUUUAGUCGCUUUCGCUAUUGGAACAUCCAUAUACCAUACACUUCCACUGUAACAAAUGUAUAUCUACGGUGAUCGGUUCAUGUUCGCUUUUUAAAAGCGUUGCAUUCGUAUCGCCGGUUUACCUCGGGCAAAAUAUCGAAGAAACGCGUUGGAAACAGCUAGAGAAAUAUUUAUAUCGUUCCUCUAAAAUAAUGGGAAUUGAUUUCGAAUGAUAAUAUUGGCUGCAUCCAGAAACGCCAGUUAGCGAGCGCUCACUGAGCUGGUAAGUUUAAAAAUCUUUCGCGAUCCAAACAUGACCGCUCUCCGGUAACAGCCAAUAGCUGCAGAGACAUUAAUUCGCGUUAGUCGACGUUACGCGUCCUUCCGGUUUCGACCGAAGUCUGCUUCGAUAAAAUCAAUCGUUCCAUCGGUACGAUGACAAUAAAUUUACUGUUACGUGAAAUGGGCACGAUAGUUGACGAUUAUUAAUUUGUGAGUGUGUAUUUACUAGAAGAGAGAAAGAGAGAGAGUCGAAUGAAUUUAGUGCGCGGUUUGAGGUAAGAGCGGAAGGCACGUCGUGAAAUCUUCGUGAAUUCGCACAAAUUAGGUACGACGAAAGCAAAGAUUUUGUAAAUACAUUUAGCUAAACGUUAAGGUUAGUAGGAAUAAAAAUUUCGUUACCCUAAAUUCUACGUCGAUAGUCUCAGCACUGGAAUAAAGUUCUCGACGUUACCAGCGAUUGGACAACAAGUCGCGGAACGUCAUCGGCGAACGAAACGUCGAUUGUCGAUCAAUUUUACGCGCAACGCACUCGCUGCAAGCAAUAUCGAGGCAGCGAAUAAUUCAUUGCACGAAAUUGAUUUCAGAAAUUAAUAGUAAACGUUGCUUGUUAUUAUGGCAAAUCUCAAUCGUAACGGUAGUGGAACAAGCAUUGUUUACGCGUCGUUUAUUUAAAUGUUUCAGUGCUUAAGUUUUAGUUGCGUGUGUAACAAAUAGAAGAAAAUAGAACAAGAAUAGUACCAACUUACGAUAUUCCGAUAUAAAUUAUGCUUGUUUCGUUACUUUUAUUAUUGCGACUUGAGAAAUGUCGACCAUCAUUCCAAACAAUGAAAUAAAAUUCCUGAAGCAAGAACGUGCCAUACGUGCGCUACUGAACAAGAGGCAUUUAUUCGUGCAUUUUGUUAUGGUUUUUAUUCUCUUACGUGUGGAAGAUUUGUAAACGUUUUGUUUGUGGGGGAAAAAUAAUAUACACGUUAAUAAAUAAUCUGGACCGAACACGCUUUGACAACCAGUGUCUCGAUAGAAUCUAGAACACUCGCUACGGUAAAUGUUACGCGAGAUCUGAUUGUGACGGUCACUGUACGAGGAACGCUCGAAAAACAAUAAAAAGAUUAUGAUUUA